CGGCCUCUACUCCAACUACCUCACGGGCACCGUGCCCAUCCCCUCCAAGGCCCUGCUCGCUCUGGACGUGGGCUUUAACUUCCUCUCGGGGGUCUUCCCAAAUGUGGCGUUCAUGUUCUGUGCGGGCGAGAACAACUGCUUUGUCAACUCCACCAACUGCCGCACCUACGGCAGCGUGCAGCGCCCUGCCGGUGCCUGCGCCAUCUGCGGCACGGCGGGUGGGCAGGGCGACCUCUGCUUCGGCGGCACCUGCGCUCCCGUCGCCUCUGCUGCCAUCGCCGCUGGCACUAUCAACUCGCCCAGUCAGCCCAUCCUGCCCAUGUCAUGUGCAGGUCAGUGUGUGUGUGGCGCACAUGGCUGGGCGUGUGCUCUGCUGCAAUACAUGGCAGUCUGUUCGCUCUCCUUCGAUAUUCUUCCUUUUCGCAUCGCUCCUCCGCCUGCUCCCACCACUUUGGCCCUCCUCAUGCCUCCUGCCAUGCUCACCCUCUCCCACUCUCUCCUACUUCCUAACUCUCCCCUUGCAGACAAUCCGGCUGCACCAAUGGAUACGGGCUCAGGUGCGCUCACAAGCCUUGCCGCCAUGCACGCAUGCACAUAUGAACCUCCAUGCUUCGCAACUCUCCAUCCUUCACUCCUGUGCACGUAUACCCUCUUUCCACUUUCCAUCGCCCUCACUCCCACUGCCAUGCCUCUAACAUCCCGUCCUCCCCUCCCUCUAAACCCAUCGCUCACAGCGGUGGCGCUGCUGAACGUGAAGUCAGCGUUGGGAGUGACGUUCUCGACCUGGGCGGCUGCUUCCCCCUGCACCAUCGCCAACUCUACUGUAACCGUUGCUGGCACCUGGACCGGCGUGCUCUGCUCCGCUUCUGGCGACGUCCUCAGCGUCAACCUCUCCUCCUCCGCCCUGGCCGGCAGCAUGCAUGCUGACAUCACCAAGCUCACAGCCCUCACCUACCUCGACCUGUCCAAGAACGUGCUGCGCGCCAACCUGGCCAGCUUCGUCUCUUCCUUCUCCGGCCUCCAGGCGCUCCAGCAGCUGUCAGUGCCGCCGCCCUCACCCACUCCGCCCCACACCUCCGCCGGAUUCGUCAUGUGCCCCCACUCGUGUUGUUCUCACUCAUGCUCUGCCCUUACUCGGGCUGAUCCAGCAUGUGUGAGCCUGUCUGCACACAGCCUCGCACUGCAUGCCACUUUGCUCCUUCAGUACGUGCAGUACAGCACAUCUUCACUUGCACCUGCUUCCCCUUCCUCCUCUCCCCACAGGCGCCUCAACAACAACUGGUUUUCGGGCUCCCUGCCUCAGGCCCUCAUGUCUCUUCCCGCCCUCACUCUGCUGGACGUGCAUGCAAACGCGCUGACAGGGUCGCUGCCCGCCGUGUCAUCCACGCUGGCAGCGCUCUUCCUGCACGACAACUUCCUCGCGGGCAGCUUCGCAGCGGGCGCCCUCACCGCGUGCGACGCCAGCCUCAACUGCCUGACCAGCGCCGCUGCGUGUGGCGCCAGCAGCACCACGCAGAGGGCUGCUGCUGCGUGUGCCAUCUGCAACAGCGCAGAUGCUCAAGGGCUGCUGUGCUGGGGUGGCAUGUGCCUGCCCAACGUCACUGCCACCACCGCCCACCCUGACGGACUCGCCCCGCCGCCCAUGUACUGCGCUGGUUCUCCUGUGGUCAACAUCAGCAGCGUUGACGCUGUUGCGCUGGCGGCGCUGAAGAGUGCGAUGGGGGUGACCUUCACCACGUGGGCGCCCGCCACCUACUGCACCGUGGAGCCCACACCGCAGAUCGUCGGCACGUGGGAUGGCGUGCUCUGCAACUCCCUCGGCAAAGUCGUCUCCCUUGCCAUUGCCCUCUGCUCACUCUUUUUGUUUUCUGCAUGCUGCAUGUCCAUGGUGUGUCUUCUUCCUUGCCUUGGACUCAUCGCUCCCAUGCGCCCCCUCUCUUACCUCUCCAACCCCUUGUGUGCGGCGCACCUUCCAUCCGCGUCCACCAGGCUACUCCCCAACAAGAAGCUCACGGGCACUGUGCCGCUCGCCGUCUCCACCCUCACUGCGCUCACUGCCAUCGACCUCACCUCCAACCUCUUGCAGGGCCGCCUGGACGAAGUUGCCACGCAGCUGCGCCUGCUCACCAACCUCAAGUCCAUCGAUCUCGCCUACAACUGGCUCUCCGGCUCAGUGCCUGCGUUCAUGCUCACCCUCCCCAGCCUCACGAAGAUCACCCUAGGCUACAACUAUCUGACGGGUGCGCUGCCGAACGUGACAUCCCCGCUCUCAGUGGUGGACGUGCAGUUCAACUUCCUCGCCGGCUCCUUCCCCACGCUCACCCUCACCCUCUGCGCCGCGCGCAUGAACUGCUUCCUCGACGCCACCAAGUGCAAAAACCCCAACCGCGCCGCCGAGCUCCCGCGGGCCACCACAGCGUGUGCCAUCUGCAACACCACCAACGCGCAGGGCCGGCUGUGCAGCGGCGGGCUGUGCACCGUCAACGCCACGGACCUCGUGGCACUCGGUGCGCCCAACAGUGCUGCAUCGCCCACACUGCCGCUCAUCUGCGUGGGAGCGGCGUUUGUGGCGAUGGACUCGGUGCAUGCAGCAGCCAUGCUGAACCUCAAGGCGUCGCUGGGAGUGACCUUCACUGAAUGGAAGGCCGACUCGCCCUGCUCCCUGCGCGAUGCCGUCGCCCCGGGGUCAUGGAGUGGGGUAGCCUGCGACGCCACUGGCAAAGUGCUCAGCAUUGACCUGCAGUCCAACCUGCUGCAGGGGCGGCUGGACUCCUUCACUGCCAGCAUCAAGACGCCCCUCGUGCUCAAGGAGCUCGCUCUGCAGUUCAACUACCUUGUUGGUCCGUUCCCCUCCACGCUGCUCGCCCUCUCCACUCUCUCCAAGCUCUCCGUGGGCUACAACUACCUCACGGGCCCCUUUCCCACCGUGCCAGCAUCCGCCAAGUCGCUGGACGUGCAGGGCAACUUCCUGUCGGGUUCCUUCCCCACCAACGCGCUCACCUACUGCGCCGCCACCACCAACUGCCUCACCGACGCCAACAACUGCGCGUCUAUUGGCAUCACACAGCGCAACCCCUCGGAAUGUGCCAUCUGUGGCACCAGCUUUGGCCAGGGCACGCUGUGCGGGGGUGUCACCUGCCUUGUCAACACCACCGGCGUCACGGCGCCUCCCACCGCCACAUCUCUCCCUCGCAACCUCUACUGCACGCCGGUUGCACUGGACACCAACACCAGUGAGUGCUGCUUGCUCCUUCUCGCAUGCCCCUCUCCUGCUCCCUUUCCCAAUCUUAUCUUCGCCCUGCACCCCUCCUCUCGCCCUGAACCCACCACCACCCCAUUCCCUCUCCUCCCACGUGCAGCCACGACGCUGCUGGCGCUGAAGACGGUGCUGGGAGUGACGGCCACGGACUGGAGUGCAACGACGGUGGCACUGAAGCCCAAGGCGCUGAAGAGCAGCAGCGUGCCCCUCGCCACCAUGGUGGGCGCCUGCACCAUCGAGGGGCAGACCCCUGCUCCCGGCUCGUGGACCGGCGUCUUCUGCAACUCCGCUGGCGCCAUCGUCGCCCUGGUGAUGCCCAACCAGAAGCUCACUGGAAGCCUGUCGGCGGACAUCAGCAAGCUCACAGCUCUCACCGCGCUGGAUCUGAGCGCCAAUCUCUUCCAGCGGGGCCUUGAUGCGUUCGUGGCGCCUCUCACCGCUGUCAAGACACUCAAGUCGCUCCCUCUCCAGCAUGUGAGUGCCUCUCGCCACCUGCUCUCUGCGUGCCCCCUCCUGGUGGACCCCUUCUUCGCCCACAUAUUUUCUCCUCCCACCUUUCCUCUCCCAGCACCCAUCACCCACCAGUCAUCAUUGCUUAAAUAUUGCCAUUUCUCGUCCCCCCAUCCUCCCUGCACCCCCUCUCCCCUCCCCAUGGCUGCGCGCAGCAAGCUGAACCGCAACUACCUGACGGGGGUGGUGCCAGCCGUGGGGGCAGCGGUGAAGGCGCUCAACGUGGCGGGCAACUUCCUCUCGGGCUCCUUCCCCACCACCGGCCUCACGGCGUGCGAUGCGCGCUCCAACUGCUUCGCAGACGCCUCCAAGUGCACCAACACGCUCGGCACCGCACAGAGGGCCGCUACAGAAUGCAACAUCUGUGGCACCACGGGGGCUGUCGGCCCGUUCUGCGGCGGCGGCUUCUGCAUCCCCAACGCCGCCGCGCCCGCCGCUGCCGCCACGCCCAACAUGGAGGGGCAAGCGGUGCUGGCGAUGUCGUGCAUGGGUGGCCCCAUCGAGGUCACCAUGCGCGGCGCCAUGCUCAACCUCAAGGCGUCGCUGGGGGUGACUCUGACGGACUGGGUGGGCACGGCUCCGUGCAACAUCGCGGGGCAGGCCCCCGUGGCGGGGUCGUGGUCCGGCGUGGAGUGUGACUCGGCUGCCAAGGUCACCAGCAUUCUUGUUGCCACUCACACGCUCUUCUUCACCACCGCCCCUUUCUUCCUCUCCUCUCCUCCGCGCCCCCCUGCGUGCGUGCAGCGUGCUGGACAGCAACCUGCUGCAGGGCCGCCUGCCCUACUUCACCACCAACUUCAGAAACCUCGUGGCACUCAAGCGCUUGUCAGUCGCUUCUGCUCCCUGCCUGCCCGCUGUCCAUGCCAUGACCCCUGUCGCAUGCUCGCAUGUGACGGUGGUGCGUUUUAUCCCUGCGCUCUCUGCUGUUCUAGAUUUGACAUGAGCUACAACUACCUCACAGGUCCCCUGCCCAGCGCCAUAGGCACGGCGCUCAAGACGCUGGAAAUUGGAGGCAACUUCCUGUCGGGCGCCAUCGGCAACUUCCCCGGCGUGGCGUGCUCGGCUGCGCUCAACUGCCUGACCUCCCAGGGCAGCUGCACCACCGGCGGCGUUCAAAACCGUGCCGGCUGUAACAUCUGCGGCAGCGCUGACGCCCAGGGCACUCUGUGCGGUGGCGGGCUGUGCGUGCCCAACGCCACAGCGGCUGUGGUGGCGGGACAGACCCCCACGCUGUCCACGCCCGUCAUGCCCAUGUACUGCACGGGGGUCAUCAUGAACACCGUCGCAGUCGCGGCGCUGCUCAACAUAAAGACGGCGUUGGGAGUGACCUUAUCGGACUGGACGGCCCCCACGACGCUGCUCAAGCCCAAGGCGGCGGCGGGCAGUGGCAGUGUGGCACUGACGGACUGGCUGACCACGGGUGGCUACUGCACAGUGGAGGGGCAGACGGCCGCUCCUGGUGCCUUUUCCGGCGUGCGCUGCAAUGCCCUCGGCCAGCCUGUCAGCCUGAAUCUGCCGUUCCAGAAGCUGACUGGCUCUCUCCACGCUGACCUCAGCAAGCUCUCUGCACUGACCGUGCUGGAGCUGAGUUACAACUUUCUCAGAGCACCCGUCGAGCCUUGGGCCUCGGCCAUCAAGCUGCUCACCAACCUGCUAUCGCUCAAGCUCAGCAACAACUAUCUCUACGGCUCUGUGCCCCUCUGGCUCGUCUCUUUCGCCAAGCUCACCAACCUCGAGCUGAGCGUGAACGCUCUCACAGGCACGUUCCCGGCACCCAUCUCCACCGCACUCAAACGUCUCAUGGUGGACCAGAACUUCCUGGGAGGCACCUUCCCGGCCAACAGCGCCACCUACUGCACGGCCUACUACAACUGCAUCCCCACCUACACCACCUGCAACUCGCUCAACCCCAACGCGCCCAACCCCAGCGCCAGCUGCCAGAUCUGCGGCAUGACAGACGGCCUGGGCACGGCGUGCAUGGGCAACCCGUGUGUGCCUGCGACGCCAUCGCCCAUCACAGCCAUCAACAAGUGGAGCCCCGCCCCCGCCAUGCGCUGCGACCCUGUACCCAUCCAGGCCACCCAAGCAUCUGCGCUGGUGGCCAUGACGCCGGGGCAGUGGGGGGCGCAGACCACGUGCACGUUGGCAGGGCAGCCCACCGCCGCCGGCACCUCCCCCUCCGUCUACUGCAACCCUGCCGGGCUCGUCCUCGAAAUGUACACCCGCCUGCUCGCCCCGCCCCUCUCUGCGGCCCAACCCGCCCCCUUUUGCACCUCCAUUUCAUGCCUUGUUCUCACGGGCGGCAAGGCCUCGGGCUCCUUCCCCAGCCACGUGUCAAAGCUCUCCGCGCUUACCAAGCUGGACCUGUCGGCCAACCUCUUCUCUGGCCGCCUUGACUCCUUCCUCGCGCCCUUCCUCGCCCUCAAGACUCUCAACUCCCUCCGCCUCCACCAGAACUACUUCUCGGGCUCCUUCCCGACCGGCAUCUCCGCCCUCACUGCGCUCACGGAGCUGCGGCUGAACCUGAACUACCUGACAGGCAGCAUGCCGGCAGCGCUGCCAGGGACCCUCAAGGUGAUCGACCUGUCGAGCAACUACCUGGUGGGCACCUUCCCCACCACCACCGCCACCUCCGUCUCCUGCGCCAGCAACUGCCUGCAGGACGCCUCCAAGUGCCCCGCCGGCUCUGCUCAGCGCGCUGCAGGCGCCUGUGCCAUCUGUGAGACGCCCGACGCCACGGGCAGCAUGUGCAACGGCGGCAUCUGCACGCCCACCGCCGCCACCACUGUCAACAAUGGCACCGCCGCGCUCUUCUGCGUUGGCUCCUCCAUGGAUCCUGCCAUGGGUCAGUGUGCUGGGGGGGAGGAUUGUGCAGUGCGGGGAGCAGGCAGUGCGUCAGCGGCGCUGCCGAACGUGAGGGCAUCGCUGGGGGUGACGUUCACAGACUGCUGCCUCUCUGUCCCUCCCCUACCUUUCCUCCCCUCACCCCCUCCCCUUGCUCCCCUCCUUGCUACUCGCAGCGGCGGCGCUGCUGAACGUGAAGGCGUCGAUGGGGCUGGCGUUCACCAACUGGGCGCUGGGCGCGCCCUGCACCAUGCAGGGGGUGCCGCCGCUGCCAGGCGCCUGGCUAUGCAGCAGGCCCCCAAGCUCCAGCAGGCCCCCAAGCUGCAGCAGCCAUGGCUCUUCCCACUACCCCACCUCCUCUUGCUCUCACCCCUCUCCUCGCUCUCCCCGUCGCAUGCCUACUUGCUCUGCCUGCUCCGAUCGACAUGCUGCCCCCCCACCCCACCUGCUGUCCUCCCCACUAGUCACUUUUCCAUCAAUGUGCGCACCAACUACCUGGAGGGUCGUCUGGACGUCUUCACCACCAACUUCAAGGCGCUCACGGCGCUCAAGGAAGUCUACUUUGACUACAACUACUUCUCGGGGCCCAUCCCCUCCGCCCUCGUGGCCAUGGCCUCCCUCUCCACCUUUGGGGCGAGGUGGAACUACCUGUACGGUGCCGUGCCCCCUCUGGCCCCCGCACUCAAGACGCUCGCUGUGGACGGCAACUGGCUGUCGGGCACCUUCCCCGGCGCCGGCUUCUCCUCCUGCUCCGCCACCAAGAACUGCUUCGCCAGCAUUGGCGCCUGCACCACGGGAGGCACGGUGCAGCGCAACGCCACUACUGAGUGCGCCGUGUGCGACUCGCCGGACGGCACGGGCACCAUCUGCGGCGGCGGCACGUGUGUGCCCAACACAAUCAACAUAUACCCAAACGGCCCUAACUACGCUCCGCGACCGCGCUUCUGCGUGGGCGUGGCGCUGGACGCCACGCAGGGCAACAUCCUGCUGGCACUCAAGACCACGCUGGGCGCCACCUUCUCUGAUUGGACCGCCGCCACGCUCGCCGCCCCCAAGGCCACCUCCCCUAAGACCAAGACCGGCAAGAAGCCCAAGUCGGGGGGGAAGCGGCGCGUGCUGCAAGGGAGGGGGUCGAUGAUGCAGUAUGACUGGAAGCUGGUGGGGUCGUGCACCAUCCAGGGCCAGACACCCAUUGCUGGGGCGUGGACUGGCGUGCGCUGCUCUCCGCUCGGCCAAGUCGUCGCCCUUGAGCUGCAGGGCCAGCAACUGGGUGGCACAGUGCACUCGGACAUCAGCAAGCUCACCACCCUCACCUCGCUGCGGCUGUCGUCCAACCUCUUCUUCAACCGCCUCGACUCCUACAUCGUGCCCAUCACGGCCGCAGCCAGCCUCAAGGAGCUCCCUCGCCGCACACCCUCCUUCACUCAACUCCUCUUCUCCAACUACUUCACUGCCCCACCUCUCACAUUUCCCCCCCGUCCAUCAUACCGCUUCGAGCUGCACCCAUUCGUUCCUAACGCGCAGCCCUUGUUUCCUGUGCUGUGCGUGCAACUCGCCAGCGCGCUGAGCAGAAACUACCUCACGGGCACGCUGCCCAAGCCUGCGGCCACACUCAAGGCGCUCGACACGGAGUUCAACUUCCUCUCGGGCACCUUCCCCGCCGCCUCUCUGGGCUACUGCACCGUGCGCGGCAACUGCUUCCUCAAUGCAUCUGCCUGCGUCAACUUCGACGGCACCUUGCAGAGAGGCGCCGGGUGCAACGUGUGUGGGUCGUCCAACGGGCAGCUGCCGAUGUGUGGCGGGGCCGUGUGCACGCCCGACCCCUCCGCGUAUGUGGCGGGCAAAGUGGCCAACAGUGCCAGCGCGCCCACCCUCGCCCUCAAGUGCCCCCCCUUGGCCCUUGAUGCCACGUCCUCGGCCGUGCUGCUCAACAUCGGGGCGGCGCUGGGAGUGACGCACACGGACUGGACUGCCAGCAGCACCUGCAACAUCAUUGGGCAGACCAUCGCCCCCAAGUCCUUCCCGGGUGUCUGGUGCAGCGGCAGCGGCGCCGUCGUCUCCCUCAAGCUGAACAACCUGAAGCUGCGGGGCACCAUACAUGCAGACAUGACCAAACUCACCAGCCUCACCUACCUGCACCUGGGUUAUAAUCUGCUGUAUGGCCGCCUCGCCACCUUUGUCUCCAGCAUCACCCCGCUCACCACUAUUGUCGUCCUGAACCUGAGCUUCAACUACCUCUACGACAGCAUACCCUUCGCUCUUCUCAACAUGCCAUCCCUCACCGAAAUGGCCGUAACGGCCAUUGGCUCCGCUGCUGGUGAGGCGUGGGGGAGUGCAGUCAGUGAGGUGUGGGGGAGUGCUGUCAGUGAGGCGUGGGGGAGUGCUGUCAGUGAGGUGUGGGACUCCUCUCUUUCUAGCGCCCUUGUGGUUGUUCCAUCCAUCAGAAUAUCCAUCCAGGAUCUCUAUUCACAUACCAUGCAUCGCCCGUGCUGCCCGUGCAGAGGGCUGAGUGGCAACUACUUUACGGGUGUGCUGCCGAGCGUGUCAACCAAGGUGCAGGCCAUUACCGUGGCCAACAACUUUCUUGCGGGCCCCAUCACGCCACAGGCCUACAAGUACUCCGACUUCCGCAACAACUGCUUGAGCCUCUUUGGCAUCCCCCAGCGCACCACCGGCUGUGCCAUCUGUGGCACCACCAAUGCCGUGCCGCCGCUGUGUAACGGCGCCCCCUGCGUUCUCAACGCCACAGACGCCCUGGCAGCCGGCACGGUGAACAACCUCACGGCGCCCCUGCUGCCCUUCUACUGCGGCCGCCCCGCUAUAGACGCCACUGCUGGUGCGCCCAUGCCCGCUGCCUGCAUGCUUCACAUCGCAAACACUGCUGGUGCUGAGGGCGGCGCUGGGAGUGUCGCAGAGCACGUGGCUGCUGGACUCGCCGUGCGACGUGGUGGGCAACACCCCCAUGCCGGGCAGCUGGGCGGGCGUUGGCUUGAUCUGGUCAACAUGGGUCUCAGAGGGAGCCUGCCUGCCGACUUGACGAAGCUGACGGCUCUCACCAAGAUUCAUUCAUUCAUCCAUCCAUCCCACCACUCCCCCCCCACCCCUCCGUAUCCCCCCGGCGAUGGCAGCAACCUGGCGUCCAACCUGUUGGAGGGGCGCCUGGCCGAGUGGGGCACCAUGCUCACCACCGUCAAGUCGCUCAAGCACCUCGCUCUCAACUACAACUGGUUUUCCGGCACUCUGCCAGCCUAUCUGCUCUCUCUCUCGACCCUCACAACCCUCAACGUGCACUACAACUACCUCACCGGCUACCUGGCCCCCAUAGCAGCAACCCUCAAGACCAUCAACGUCGCCUCCAACUUCCUGGCGGGCCCCUUCCCUGCGUCCUCCACCACCAUGUGUGACGCGCGCAACAACUGCCUAAGCAGCGCCGCCAACUGCGUCUCGUCGGGCUCCUCCGUGCAGCGCGCUUCCUGCACCAUCUGCAAUGGCGACGCCGCCUAUGUGCUGUGCGGUGGGGGCGUGUGCUCGCCCAACACGGACGGCCCGCUCGCCUCCAAGACGCCCAACAGCGCCACCGCUGGCGUGCUGCCCAUGCGCUGCACUGGAGUUCGAAUCGACCCCGCAGCUCGUGAGUUCCGCGCCUCCUCCAUGUGCCUGCUCCAUGUGCCUGCUCCAUGUGCCUGCUCCAUGUGCCUGCUCCAUGUGACUGCUCCAUUGCCAAUCCUGGCGACCCUCAAGACGGCGCUGGGAGUGCCGCACCCGGGGUGGGGCGAGCAGACGAUGUGUACGGUGUCGGGCAUCCCCAAGGGCCCGGAGGACAUGCCGGCGGUGUACUGCAACUGGCAGGGCAAGGUCAUCGACCUCUUCCUCAAGUGGCGCCUCAUGCGCGGCGUCAUGCCCCCCGACAUCUCCAAGUUCACCGGCCUCACCGCCCUCGACCUGUCGGGCAACUUCCUGUCGGGGCGCUUGGACCCCUUUAUCACGCCGCUCACUGGCCUCACCGGCAUGAAGAUCCUCAUCAUGAACUACAACUUCUUCUCGGGCUCCAUCCCCGCCUCCAUCUCCGCCAUCAAGAACCUCAUGCUGCUGAGCCUGGGGUGGAACUACUUGACGGGCACGGUGCCGGACAUGCCACCGAAGCUGAGGACGCUGGACCUGGAGUACAACUGGCUCACCUACACCUUCCCCACGGCCGCCACCACCACGGCCACGUGGGACUUCUGCACCGUGCGCCAGAACUGCUUCAUCGACCCCACGCCGUGCGGCAACGGCAACAUCAUCCAGCGCUACUCCUGCGCCGUCUGCGGCACCACCAAUGCCAACGGCACGCUGUGUGGCGGCACCACCACGUGCCAGCCCGACCCCGCGGCCGUGAGGGCCGCCACCAAUCGCCAGACCAGCGGAAGUCCCCAACUCGCCAUCACCUGCCCUCCCCCACAGCCCGUCGCCACCAACGCCACCGCAGUGGGCGCGCUGAUGAACAUCAAGAUGGCGCUGGGGCUGACCUACACGGACUGGGCCACCACCUCCACCUGCACGGCUGCCGGCACGGCCCUCGGCGGCUUCACCGGCGUCGAGUGCAACAGUGCGGGCCAGCCCGUCAAGAUCACCCUGGACAGUCAGAAGCUGUUUGGCAUUCUGCAUGCUGACAUCACCAAGCUCACUGCACUCACAUUCCUCUCGCUCAAGUCGAACCUCUUCAGGGCGCGUCUGGACGAGUUUGCCAGCAAGAUUCCAUCGCUGCCCAACCUUGCAGUGCUCCUGCUGGACUUCAACUGGUUCUACGGCAGUCUGCCUCCUGGCCUCGUCGCCAUGCCCAAGCUCACGCGCCUCGGCAUGUCCUACAACUACCUCACAUACCGCGUGCCACCACUAGCGGCGGGGCUCAAGGACAUCGACGUGGGCUUUAACUUCCUCUCGGGCUCCUUCCCGACCAACUCCGCCACAUCAUGCGGCGCCAACAACAACUGCUUCCUUGCUGUCACCGGGUGCACCACCAAGGGCACGGUGCAGCGCACGACGGGGUGCAGCUUCUGCCUCUCCGACACGGCGCAGGGCAUGCUGUGCUACGGCCGUGGCAUCUGCACCGUCAACGCCUCUGCGCCCUUCGCGGCUGGCACGCCCAACGCUGUUGGGGCCACCACGCUGCCGAUGGCUUGCGUUGAUGUUCUGUGCGCCACUGCCUCGCCUGUCAUGUGUCCCACCGACUGGCGCUGCAGCGGACUGCAAUGCGUUGGGAACAACUUUGCCAACUGCUUUGGCUUCCUUUGCACUGGCUAG